CAAGAAACUAUACUGCGAGCUUAUCGUUGCAGCUUGCAAAAUGUAUAACAUAAAGCAAGGAAAGGGGCCAUAAAUAAAUAAUCCUCAUCACGCUAUCUGCGACUACUUGUAGUUGUGAUCAACACUCAACGGGCUUAUUCUAUCUCUUCUUCUUCUUCUCCUAAUUUCUAUCGUCUCCACCGUCCAGGAGGAAUGGCAAAGAGCUACUUCAAACAAGAGCAUGAUCUUGAGAAGAGAAGAGCAGAGGCCGCAAGGAUUAGGGAGAAAUACCCAGACAGGAUCCCGGUGAUUGUUGAAAAGGCCGAAAGAAGUGACAUCCCAAGCAUUGACAAGAAGAAGUACCUGGUCCCUGCUGACCUGACAGUGGGACAGUUUGUGUAUGUUAUCCGCAAAAGGAUUAAAUUAAGUGCUGAAAAGGCCAUCUUCAUUUUUGUGGACAAUGUACUUCCUCCCACAGGAGCAAUUAUGUCUGCUGUAUAUGAAGAGAAGAAGGAUGAAGAUGGCUUUCUUUAUGUAACAUACAGUGGCGAGAACACAUUUGGGGAUCUCACUUCCCACAUUCAUUAGCCAGUUCCUUAUAUAGAUGACUAUGAUUAAUGAUUUGUAUGAUGACUUCGUUACAAUUCUCAUAUCAGGAACCUUGAUUUAUAUCAAUGAUAUAUAUGUACAGUUUUUAUAUAUAAAAAUGAUAUAUUUAAAUUCUGAGAACCUAA